GGUGACCACUUUCGCUAUAUUUACAUUCUAUCUCUCCGUGCACAUUUGUGACUGUCCGUCGCAGGAGAACUCCAUUUUCCGAAUCGUCAAGUAGGGAUCAUCUUUUCAUCUAUCCAAGGAGAUAAAAUGCCAUUUCAGAACACCGCUCCCACAGCCUCGUCCCUCACGUGCGACAUUCAGUAUGAGGCAGCCAUGCUUUCCCUCCCCUCAAGAACAAUAAUGCCAGCGAAAAAGGACUGGGAUGAUCUCAAACCAACUAUUCGAGAACUAUACCUGGGUCAAGGACAAACACUGCAACAACUCGCCAAAUACCUGGAGGAACGCCAUGGCUUCAAACCAACGAAGAAACAACUCACGUACCACAUUUCUGGGUGGGGAUUUGAGAAGAAUGUCAAGAAGGGUGAACGGCGAGCACUUAUCGAACGUCUUGGUGCUCAAAUCGGAACGUCAGAUAUUGCUUCGGAAGUGCAUCGGGGCCGAAAGCUUGACAGGACGAAGCUGAAGCGAUGGAUAAGGCUAGAAAAUAGUGUGUCAAACGGUUCUCUAGUGAGAGGUAAACAGGUUACGGAUCCUCCAGCUACUCCUAGAGACAUACGAAUGCCCACUCUGGAGCAAACUCCACCGCACGACGAAAAAUGCGAGGCUUUUCCACAUGCCAAGGAAUCUGAAAAUGAAUCAUUUUGUUCUAUGGACAAUGCAUCUUACUGGAACUCUGUGGAUAUCGUCGGAUCCCCUCGGCUGACUAAAUUGAUCGGGGCGUUAACAAUUGAAGAGUGCAAUAUCCCUGCUUUGAACUUGGAUAUCGACAUGCCAAAAGUGGAGGACAUCUUGAAGAAGGAUUUACUUGACCUUUGCAAGAGAGUUGACUCUGCUAAAGAAGAGAGUAAUGCACCCACAACCAAACCAUGGUCCACAACGUUCUCAGUUCUGCAGAAACCUUCUCACAUGUUCGAGAAACGCACACAGCACAUCUGGCAGUACGAGCUAUACCCAUUCCCCAACCAAUCUUCGCCAAGCCACGCCAGUAAAGCCCUAUGCUCUUGCAUCUCUGUUCAGCCUAGGAUGUCGGAGAUAGAGUGCAAAAGGAAACUCGGGAAUCUAAACAAUAUGACAGACGCCGAAGUAAUCCAUCUUGUACACCUCAUGCAAGCCGAAUCAUACCGCCUGUUAUAUUCUCAUAAUAUAGGUGGUGCAGAGACUUGGCUCCGCCGUGUUAUUACAGCGAAACAGAAAGUAAAAUGGUACAAACCACAACAAACUUUACAAGACUGUUUGCUAGUAAUUCAAUACGUGCUACAGCAAGAUCGAUAUAAAGAAGCUCAACAACUUCACAAGGACUUUCAUAUCAAGGUGGAACGACUGUUGGGUGCUGACCACGAUAUAUGUAUCAAUUCAAGAGACCUAAUGUCUGGGAUACUUCGAGGCCUCGGUUUUCCGGCGGAAUCGGGGAGCAUUCAGAGAGAAGUGCUCCAAUCACGACUUGUUACUCAUGGCACACGGCAUCCAGACACAAUUCGUGCUAUGCAUAAUUUAGCAUUUUAUUUAAAACCGUCCGAGAAACAUCAAAAGGCGGCUCAACACCUUAUGGAGACCGUAGUACGCUUCAAGCUCGAGACCAUAGAUCUUACAUGCGAUAAUGGAAUCAGUAGUCUGAAUACUAUCCAAAGCAUUGCUCUACUUGCUGGGUUUUUUAAUGAUGGUGGGCGUCAUGACGAAAGCGAGAAUCUAUGGAACUACACCCAGAAAUCGCUAGGAAAUACAACAAAAAUUGCGGCUGUGCAAACCUUCGACUAUCACAUGAGAAGAGCUCACGGCUAUAGGCUCCAGAAGCGAUUCGACGAGAGCGAAAAAAUACUUCGCGAUCUCUUGGAACAACAUGAGAAAGCCAUGCCUCUUAGCUUGGUGCUAGAGGUGAUCGGCGAACUUACAGAAGUGUUAAUGGAAACAAGUCGCCAACGUGAAGCAGAAGAUUGGCUCAAAAGAGAAUAUUUACUCUGCGUGAAGAUAUAUGGGCCAGCACAUCCAUUCACUGUGUCAUACUGCUCGAUGGUUGGAAAAUGCUUGUGGGAGCAGCGGCGACACCAUGAGGCGAGACGAUUCUUCGGGAAUGUGAUUGAAAUUCUAGCGUCAAGUGAUGAUUACAAUGAAUCUCACGCUGCUUGCAUCCGAUGGGUCGACAGUUGUAAAUUGAAAGCAGAAGAGAUGGUAAAGAUGGAGGAUUCGAUGGAAAUAUGUUCGGGAUCAGAUGCUUCUGAGGAAGAGUGGCGGGACACUGAUGAGGAUGAUGAGGAUGAUGAGGAUGAUGAGGAUGAUGAGGAUGAUGAGGAUGAUGAGGAUGAUGAGGAUGAUGAGGAUAUUAACUUUGACCAGUUUUGUGACUUAUGAACUUUGAUGAUGCUACGAUAACAUUGUUGGAAAGAGCGGGGUAAUGAGUUGGGAGAAGUUGAGAGGGAAGGCUGCGAAGGCAGGAUGGGGUUAGACGAAGGACUGAGCAAGGAAGCGAAGAUUGGGGAGGGUAUGGGUUUGAUUGGGGCUGGAGCAAGAUUGGUUAAGGUAGAGAAGGGAUGCUUCCUAGAGUGAAUUUUGAGGUUAUUUCUUAUCCACUCUCCUCUGUACUGCUUACCAGUGUAUCACCUCUGUCAACGCUACUGUUUAUCUAGGGGGUGAUAGUAUGGCUCUUUGACAAGUUGACGGAAACUUUGUUGGAACGAGACAGUAUAACAUUUUAGUUCAAUAAACUAAUUCGUA